AUGCUCGCCACCUGUAACACGCUACCUAGAGCUUGCCUACGGCCGUCGAGCCAAUGGGCUUUUCCUCGGGUGCUUGGGCGCAUGUACAUUCAGUCAAGCCGUGCGCCUACAGUGGCUGUUUUGUUCCAGGAUAUUGACCCCCCAAUUAUCAAUGGGGUGCGCAAGCCUCGUAAGCCUGGUGGCUAUCAAGACUCGGGGGCCGACAUAGUCUAUACCCUCCAGUCAAAAGGCAUCAAUAUCGUCACCCCAGAGACAUCACCGCAGGUCUCCAAAAAUGAAGGCUGGUGUUUCCCCGAUACAGAAGAGGGCAUCUAUUCCGCCGUGAAAAGCGGCGCCACCCAUCUUUGGGCCAACACCAUCCUCUUCGAUUCCCAUCCACUUCAGAUAUCUGAGAAAUUAACUCCUUACGCUUCGGAUCUGCGCAUCGUGGGCCAGCCACCCGGCAUGGUGGAGAAUUUUGAUGACAAAGCGUAUCUCAACGGUAAACUGGGAGAGCUCGGUGGCUACACCCUCCCACAUUCAUGGCUUCUCUCGAAAUCCGAUGAUCUUGAGGCACUGGCUCAAUCUAUUGACCGGUUCCCCGUUGUUGGUAAGCCCGUCCGUGGGCGUGGGAGCCAUGGUGUUAAGCUUUGCCAUGAUCAGGCUCAAUUGAAGGAACAUCUCGCAGCGCUGCUAGGAGAGUCGCCGCUGGUCAUGCUUGAGGAUUAUCUUGCUGGCGAGGAGGCCACGAUUACUGUCAUGCCCCCAUCUCCUGAGCGACCAGAGCACUGGAGUACGCUGCCGGUUUCGAGAUUUAACCAUGCAGAUGGCAUUGCGCCGUAUAAUGGCGUCGUGGCGGUGACUGCAAACUCGCGCGUAGUUACAGAAGAGGAUAUGAAAGAUCCUGCAUAUGGGAGGGUUAUGAAGGAAUGCGAGAGUAUAGCCAAACUCAUCGGUGCAACUGCGCCCAUUCGGAUUGAUGUACGACGAUUCCACAAGGGCUCCGGGUUCGCAAUCUUUGAUAUUAAUAUGAAGCCGAACAUGACAGGUCCCGGUCGUCCGGGACGGGAAGACCAAGCGAGUUUGACUGCAAUGGCGGCGGCUGCGAUGGGCUGGGAUUACGGCACUCUUCUGCAGAAAAUUCUUGCCAGCGCUCAGCUACUGAGCACAUUCCGUGGCUAUCGUAGUCCCUUUUAG